AUGGAAGUUCUAGAACAGAGGCUGUUUGCAGCUGGGAGCCUGGAUGAGAUGCCAAGAGUGGCGUCGCAGCAGGUGACACAGGGAGAAAAGACAAAGCAGAACAGCCUCUUCGGGCGCAUCACAGGCAGCAACCAUGCCCACAGGGAGGAUGCAGUGGAGGACGAGGACGACGAGGACGAGGAGGAUGACGAGGACGAGGACGAGGACUUGGAAGUUAAGGAAGAGAACGGCGUCUUCGUCCUAAAGGACGCGAACUUUGACGACUUUGUGGCUGACAAGGACACGGUGCUGCUGGAGUUCUACGCUCCCUGGUGUGGACAUUGCAAGCAGUUUGCGCCAGAAUACGAGAAGAUCGCCAGUACCUUGAAGGAGAACGACCCCCCCAUCCCUGUCGCCAAGAUCGACGCGACUGCCGAGUCGGGCCUGGCCAGCAGGUUUGACGUGAGCGGUUACCCCACCAUCAAGAUCCUUAAGAAGGGGCAGGCUGUCGACUACGACGGCUCCAGGACCCAGGAAGAAAUUGUUGCCAAGGUCAAAGAAGUCUCCCAGCCUGACUGGACCCCUCCCCCGGAAGUCACGCUUGUGCUGACCAAAGACAACUUCGAUGAAGUGGUCAGCAACGCGGACAUCAUUCUGGUGGAGUUCUACGCCCCGUGGUGUGGACACUGCAAGAAGCUCGCCCCCGAGUAUGAGAAGGCGGCCAAGGAGCUGAGCAAGCGCUCGCCCCCCAUCCCCCUGGCGAAGGUGGACGCCACCACAGAAACCGACCUGGCCAAGCAGUUCGACGUCUCUGGCUACCCCACCCUGAAGAUCUUCCGCAAGGGCAAGCCUUUCGAUUACAACGGCCCGCGGGAGAAGUACGGGAUUGUGGACUACAUGAUCGAGCAGUCCGGGCCGCCUUCCAAGGAGAUUCCCACCCUGAAGCAGGCGCAGGACCUCCUGAAGGACGGGGACGACGUCCUCAUCGUCGGGGUCUUCCAGGGGGAGAGCGACCCAGCCUACCAGCUGUACCAGGAAGCCGCUAACAACUUGAGAGAAGAUUACAGGUUCCAGCACACUUUCAGCACAGAAAUAGCCAAGUUCUUGAAAGUCUCCACUGGCAAGUUGGUCAUGAUGCAGCCUGAGAAGUUCCGGUCCAAAUAUGAGCCCAAGAGCCGGGUGAUGGACAUCCAGCAGGGCUCCACGGAGGGCUCGGCCAUCAAGGACUACGUGCUGAAGCACGCGCUGCCCCUGGUGGGUCACCGCCGGACGGCCAACGACGCCAAGCGGUACUCCAGGCGCCCCCUGGUGGUGGUGUACUACAGCGUGGACUUCAGCUUCGAUUACCGCGCGGCGACUCAGUUCUGGAGGAACAAAGUCCUGGAGGUGGCCAAGGACUUCCCUGAGUACACCUUUGCUGUGGCCGACGAGGACGACUUCGCCUCGGAGGUGAAGGACCUGGGGCUGAGCGAGAGCGGUGAGGACGUCAACGCCGCCAUCCUGGACGAGGGCGGCCGCAAGUUCGCCAUGGAGCCCGAAGAGUUCGACUCGGACGUCCUCCGCCAGUUUGUCACGGCCUUCAAGAAAGGGAAACUGAAGCCGGUCAUCAAAUCCCAGCCCGUGCCCAAGAACAACAAGGGGCCGGUCAAGGUCGUGGUGGGGAAGACCUUCGACGCCGUCGUCAUGGACCCCACGAAGGACGUGCUCAUCGAGUUCUACGCGCCCUGGUGCGGGCACUGCAAGCAGCUGGAGCCCGUCUACGCCGCCCUGGGCAAGAAGUACAAGGGCCACAAGAGCCUGGUCAUCGCCAAGAUGGACGCCACCGCCAACGACAUCACCCACGACCGCUACAAAAGCAGCCCCCUGGACCGUAGGAGCUUCAAGGAUGGCGACUGGGACAGGAAAUGGAUGGGCACAGUCCAGUGCGAUUCGGCCUGUGAUGAAGACGUGCAGGGCCAGGAGGCAAAGGGAGACUGUCCAGGCUGA